UGCAACACGAUUAAGCAAUCUCCAUCGAAUUAUUUGGUUCCCUUCCCCUUGAAAGUUAUACUCCGUCCCAAUUCCAUCGGCGGGAAUCCCUAAUUGAUUCUCUGAUCGGAGUGGGGUUUUUUUUUUAUCACAGAUAAUUAACCAUGUUCGUGAAUCGGCUCUUCGGAAAACCUAAACAGGAGUCUAAUGCUCUCCAGACAUUAGACAAGCUAAACGAGACACUCGAGAUGUUGGAGAAAAAGGAGAAUGUACUCCUGAAGAAGGCUUCUGCAGAGGUCGAAAAAGCAAAGGAAUUCACCCGGGCAAAGAACAAACGAGCGGCUAUACAGUGCUUGAAGAGGAAGAGGUUAUAUGAACAACAAGUUGAACAGCUGGGGAAUUUCCAGCUGCGCAUUCAUGAUCAAAUGAUUAUGUUAGAAGGUGCCAAAGCAACUACUGAAACUGUAGAUGCAUUGAGGAGUGGAGCUGCUGCAAUGAAAGCUAUGCAGAAAGCAACGAACAUUGAUGAUGUGGACAAGACAAUGGAUGAGAUCAAUGAGCAGACUGAAAACAUGAAACAGAUCCAGGACGCAUUGUCAGCUCCAAUCGGUGCUGCCGCUGAUUUUGACGAGGAUGAACUAGAAGCAGAGCUUGAAGAACUAGAAGGAGCCGAGCUGGAAGAGCAACUUCUCCAGCCAGCAACGAUGGCUCCAACAGCAACUGUUCCCAUGCCAGCUGGCAGGCAACCGGCCCGUCCAGCCGCCCAAAAGCAGCGGACAGCUGAGGAAGAUGAACUCGCUGCAUUGCAGGCUGAGAUGGCCCUCUAAAGGUAACACCUUGGUUUAAUGCUGCAGGGGUUAGUCCAUGGGAAAGCUAAAGGGGACUUUGUGUGCAUUCAUAAAAAAAGGGAACAGAAGAGGAUGUAUAGAAGGAUCUGAGUCUGAUUUCAUGUCAUUCUGUCAUGAAUGUCAUCUUCCAUUUGGGUGUAACUUGAAAAAAAAAGACAUUUUUAACACUUUCCUUUAUAUUUAUAUGUUUUUGUAUCUUUA